ACGUGCCUUUGUCUCCGGUAGGAUUCCUGGAGCGAGCUGCCAAGGCCUACACUCACCGGACCUCGCUGAUUUACGGCUCGCUGAAAUUCACCUGGGGUCAAACCCAUCACCGCUGCCUCAGAUUAGCUUCCGCUCUGACCCAGCUGGGAAUUUCCCCGGUGAUGUGGUUGCAACUUUGGCUCCCCCAAUGUCCCAGCCAUGUAUGAGCUGCAUUUUGCAGUUCCAAUGGCUGGUGCAGUUCUCUGCACACUAAACUCACGCCUCGAUUCGGCUAUGAUUUCUGUCCUGCUGAGUCAUUCCAAGGCCAAAGUCGUCUUUGUGGAUUACCAGUUACUUGAAAUUGCCAAUGGAGCACUUGAUCUUCUUGCCCAAAAAACGGACACAAAACCACCUAUUCUAGUUUUAAUUGCCGAUUCUGAGGGGUCUUCAUCUUCCGAAGAAUGUUUUUCGAGCACCUAUGAAUAUGAAAGUCUUCUGGAAAAGGGACAGGUUGGAUUUGAGAUAAGAAGGCCAAAGAGUGAAUGGGAUCCUAUCAGUGUGAAUUAUACGUCCGGCACAACAUCCAGGCCAAAAGGGGUUGUUUAUAGUCACCGGGGUGCCUAUCUCAACUCCCUUGCUACGGUUCUGCUUCAUGGAAUCAACUCAAUUCCGGUUUAUAUGUGGACCGUGCCUAUGUUUCACUGCAAUGGGUGGUGCCUCAUUUGGGGGAUGGCUGCUCAGGGUGGCACUAACAUAUGCCUCAGAAAAGUCAAUCCGAAAGACAUAUUUGACAACAUAGCUCUAUACAAUGUGACAAACAUGGGAGGGGCACCAACUGUCUUGAACAUGAUUGUGAAUUCACCAGUCAGUGACCGAAGGCCACUGCCUCACAAGGUGGAAAUAAUGACUGGAGGUUCACCGCCCCCUCCACAGAUCCUCUACAAGAUGGAAGAAUUGGGUUUCGGAGUGCAUCACUUAUAUGGUUUAACAGAAACUUAUGGUCCCGGGACUUACUGCUCGUGGAAACCUGAGUGGGAUUCUCUGCCUUUGGACGAAAGAUCAAAGUUUAAAGCUCGACAAGGAGUGCAACAUCUCGGUUUAGAAGGGGUUGACGUAAAAGAUCCCGUCACCAUGGAGAGUGUACCAGCUGAUGGAACAAUGGGUGAAAUUAUGUUCAGGGGAAACACAGUUAUGAGUGGUUAUCUUAAGGACUUGAAAGCAACAGAGGAAUCUUUCCGUGGUGGAUGGUUUCGAAGCGGAGAUCUAGCUGUGAAACAUCCUGAUAACUACAUAGAAAUGAAGGACCGGUUGAAGGACAUAAUCAUAUCUGGAGGAGAAAACAUAAGCACGGUUGAGGUGGAAACAGUUUUGUUUAGCCAUCCGGCAGUUCUUGAGGCUGCAGUUGUUGCACGGCCAGAUGACCAUUGGGGGCAGACUCCUUGUGCAUUUGUGAAACUGAAGGAUGGAUUUGAUCACAUAAACGCUCAAGAACUGAUCAAAUUUUCCCGUGAUCAUUUGCCUCAUUACAUGGCUCCUCGGACAGUCAUUUUCGAUGACAUACCGAAAACUGCAACCGGAAAGAUACAAAAGUUUGUUCUGAGAGAAAAAGCAAAGGCAUUGGGCAGCCUCUUUUGAACAACUAAAGUUGUAACAAGUGUCACUGGAAGGAUGUCGAUCCAGAUCAAGGCGAAUAAUGUAGGGAUAGACGACGGAACCGCAGUAGAGGUACUUUCCAAUCUUGAUCCCACUUGAAAUGAGAAACAAAUCAGGAUCAUAGUAGUCAGCAGUUGGCUCCCCAUCCAAAUUCACAGCAAAUACGCCAGCAUUCUUGUGCAAACGUGGCCUGCCUCCUGCGUAUCGCUUCACAAUGGCUAGGACUUUCCGGAUAAAAGGAUAUCGAUGUACUAGAUCCCAGUAUGGUGUAACGUUCUGCCAGUUUGUCAUUGAAAAAUGGCAUGAUCAAGAUGCAUCCAAGAAUGUGUGGUCGAAAUUUACAGACCAAGAUUUGUCUAGCAAGAGAACGUUACUCGAACAAUACUCUAUUCCAUUACUAACAAUUGAUGUGAUAUUUCAAAAGAGAUAACGAAAUCUUACCGUGAUCAAUGCAAUCCA